CUGACUCCGCACCAGGGAGAGGAAACGGUGAGGAGGGUGUCUGACUGUUCAGCUUCCGCCGCUCAGUUCCUCCUCCAGGGCCAAAACUUUUCAAGGGGGCUUGCGAACCAAGUUUGCAAGGAAAAUCCAGCCUUUUUGCAGCUCUGUGCCAGGUUUGCACAGAAGACAAAACACCAAACCAAAAAAACCCAGAGGGCAAAGAUGGCGGGCUGAUGACAUCUCCUGUUUCUUGAACAUUUUGGUGAAGGUACAAGUAAGAGGACAAAAUCUCACUGGGAAGAGGCUGAUGGCCUGCCGGCAUGGUGGAGAACCUCCCUCUGCUGCCACGCUUUCACCCCUCCAGGCCCCAAGAUGGUCUUCCAACUGGGUCGUUGGCCUCUCCAGACCACUCGCCAAGGCGGCAGAGGGCUGUACGGCACCUCCGAGCAUGGAGGGCAUCUUCAGGGUCUUGGCCGCGACCCCGAGAGACAGGCUGGUCCAGUACAAACACAAGCUGAGCUGCAGGCGGCAAGGCGGGAAGAGUUGCAGGCUCCUUCAGGCCAUGAUCCUCUUGACCCUGGGCAGAGAGACGGAGGCCAGACUGAGCCUGGAAGCGUUGGAGAACUGUGCUGCCGUGGCAGACAUCUACAAGAGCCACCAGCGGAGCGCUGCAGCAAGCAGAGCCGAUCCAGCCCCUUCAAACCAGGAUGCAGGAGUGGCGCUGGCUGUGGCCCAGAUCUACUCGUUGUUAGUAGAGGAAAAGCUCUGUGGGCCCCUGGCCAGAGACGAGGCUUACCGUAUCGCCAUCAAGGCUUCCCUUGAGAGUGAUGUCCCAAGGUCUGUUUUUGAGAGCCUCUUGAGCGAAGCUGAGCAUAAGUGUGGGCUGGAUUUCGUGCCUGCGGUGGCAAGCAACAGCUUCAGCGCUCCGAGACGCGAUGUGGGGAAGCCUUCCUCCAGAGCAGCAAAGAGCUCGCCCAUGCCAGUUUUGAGUUCCUGGGCUCCCUCCGAAAUCCAGCCUCUGUGCUCCACAGGCAGCCCGGCCUCGCUGCUCAGCCACCUGGAGAUCAGCCAGUCUCCAACGCUGCCUUUCCUCAUCCAUUCCGUUCAGCAUGGCGUCCCCGAGCCCAGCAAGCUGUGCAGAAGUGGCCCCAACUCCCUGGUGCAGCCUGGAGAAGCGGGAGCCACUGCUGAGUCUCCAGCCGAUUCUUGCUCUGGGGGACCAGCGGAGCCCGUCGUGCAAGGCCAAGAGAAAACCAGGCAAACCAGCGAUCCUGGAGGCAACCAUUAUUGCUUGUCGGUUCAGCCUCCCCCUAAAAUUACGCAGUUGCUGGAAGAUGGAGAAAACAGGGAACCCCGAAGUCUGGUGGCCUCGGAACCGCAGGGUUGUGCAGGAUGUCCAUUCCAGAACUCACAAGCACCACCCACACCUCUGCCUGGUUUAGCAUCUUCUGCACCGUUUGUUCCAAGAACCGUGGAAGAUUCCUCUUCCCUGAAGCCGAGCUUGGAGACUGGGUCCUCUUCAAGCUCUGGCCCUCCUCCUCCUCGUUCAUCAGGACCCCCCUCGACAGAUCUGCCGGCUGAGGAGCAACCCUUCUUCACUUUCGUUUUGGUCCAUGCCCCUGAAGACGAGACAGUCGCCUGCCAGGUGAGGGAGCGGCUGGAGGCCCUGGGCGUUGCCGACGGGGCGACGGUCAGCGAGGACUUCCUGGUCCCUGGGCACUGCCAGCUCAGCUGCUUCCAGGAUGCCCUGGAUAACUCAGCCUUCACCCUCCUCCUCCUGACGGAGAACUUCAAGAGCCGCUUCUGCGCCUUCCAGGCAAACGUGGCCUUGAUGGACUCCUUCCAGCGCUUCUGCAAGACCAACUCGGUGGUGCCCUUCAUUGCCAAAGAGAGCCCCAUGAAGAGGCGAGAGAUGCCUUUCCUGCUCGCGUCGAUUGUGCCGCUGGAUGAGACCUCGCCCGUCUUCGCCAGGCGGGUCAAGAAAACGUUCUCCCCAGCGGUGAUCCGGGAGAAGAGGGCUCUGUGGAAUAUCUCAAGGCAGAUCCGUAACCAGGAGCACUUGCAGGAGCAGCAGAGUGCAUACCAGCAGGCCCUGCAGCGCCUGUCUGCUCUCAGGGUCGGCUCGCAAGCUCCGCUGCCCUCGCAGAGGGGCUUUCUGGGGCUGCAAACCCCACUUGACCAGCCAUUUUUCUACUCUGAAAUGCUUCAACCUCAGCUGGGGCCUGAUCAACUCUCCCAUCCAUAUGUCUUCUCACGGGGUUCCCCAGGGCUCAUGUCUGGGGCACCUCCGUCGCACCUCAUAAUCCAGAAUGCCCAAAUGGUCCAGAUUGGAGACUAUAACCAAAUGCAGGUGGAGAAGGCAGGUGCGGCGGCAGAAGAGGAAGAAGGUGGUUUGGACGGGAGAGAGAGACCUGGAGGCUGAAGCUCAAAGUGCCUCCACCUCUUUGUGGCCUUGUGAUCAGGGACACGACCACAUGUAGAAACUCUGUUCUGCUCCUUCUCGACCCAAAAUGGGCGUCAGAAGAUCUGGAGAGGCAGCAGGAAAAGGGAGCCCUCCUUGAAUGAGUUGGUUUGGUUUAACGAAGUUUGUCAAAUCGCAUCAGAAAUGUCUGAACAACACCCAGAAGCAGUUCGCGUAACUCUCAGGGGAAGCGAAUGAGAAUCAAGUUCAUUUUGGAGCAAAACUCAGAACAAUUUCUCUGCGGUUGCCUGAUUUGAGUUGACUUGCAUGCUGCUUCUCGAAAACGAAAUUUAUUUCAUAAAUUAUACAUCAGAAUGCUAAUACAGUCGUACCUCAGAAGUCAAACGCCUUGCAACUUGAACGUUUUGGCUCCCGAACGCUGCAGAUCUGGGAGUGAGUGUUCCAGUUUGCGAACGUUCUUUGGAACCUGGACGUCCGACGCAGGUUCUGCGGAUUCCGAUUGGCUACAGGAGCUUCCAAUCUGAAGCUGCGCCUUGGUUUCUGAACGUUUCGGAAGUCGAAUGGACUUCCGGAACAGAUUCCGUUCGACUUCCAAGGUACGAAUGUAUAUGAAAUACAGAGCAUGCCAAAACUGACAGAACACAAUUUAACAAACACAGAAUGAAUUCAACAUUACCAAAAACAAGAAAACAAAACAAGCAGCAAUCUAGGUUUAAGUACAUACAAGCAAAGCAAAAUGAGAGUUAACUGACAAUAAAUAA